AUGGCCACUCCGGAAUCAAAAAGAAUAAGACUUUCUUCUCAAGACUUACAAAAUACAGCAAAUGCCAAUGAAGAAGUAGAAACUAAUGUAUUAUUAAAAAUACCAAACGGUGUAUGUUACAAGAACUUCAAUGAAAUGAGAAAAAAUGAAAAAUUAUGUGAUAUAAAAAUCAUUGCCAAAAAUGGUGAAGAAAUAUGGGCUCAUAAAGAUGUUCUGGCAGCCAACAGCGAAUAUUUUAAUAUUAUGUUUAAUAGUCAAUUUAAAGAAUCCAAAGAAUUGGAAAUCCAGAUUCAAGAUUUAGAUCCAUACGCAUUGAGUUUGUUAAUAGAUUUUAUUUAUACAUCUGAGUUAGCUGUAAAUGUACAAAAUGUCCAAGAAAUUUUAAAUGGGAUCUGUUUGUUACAAUUGAACGAAAUAAUUCACAGUGAAUGCAUUGAUUAUAUUAAAUCAAGAAUUGAUCCCGCCAAUUGUUUGGGUAUGAAGGAGAUGGCUGAAUGUCUUGGAUUAAAAGAUUUUUAUACGUUCUGUUUGAGUUAUGCCUUAGUUCACUUUAGUCAUGUAUACAAAAAUGAAGAAUUUUUGCUGAUUACUUUUGAUCAAAUAUUACAAAUGAUUAAAAGUAAAGAUCUGUGUGCCAAUGAGGAAAAUGUGUAUAAAUCUGUAAUUAAAUGGAUCAAGUAUGAUUUAGAAAAUCGUGACAAACAUUUACCAGACUUAAUGGAAUACGUUCGGUUACCAAUUGUUUCCCAGGAAUUUUUUGAGUCUACGGUUGAUAAAGAACCACUUUUGAAGUUAAAUAACAAUUGUAUAAAAUAUUUAAAUGAAGCUUAUACUGUCCAUACAGUCUUUGGUACUGAGUUAGAAGCACCACAUUCUAUCCGUACUCAAUAUCGUCAAAAUUAUUCAGAACAUGUUGUAAUUAUGGGCAAAAGAGCCCAACAUCAUCUUCCUCUUUUGUUUAACAUAAUCACAAAUCAGUGCAGAACUAUACCAACAGUUAUACCACUAAAUAGUAAAGGUGAAACUUAUUUACUCGAUGAUGGUCGCUUAUUCGAUCUUGGUGGUAUUGAGGGGAAUGAAGAUUAUUUUCCUUAUCCUUCUAAUGAUAGUGAAUACUAUAAUAUUAAACAUGAUAAAUGGUUUAAAAUGAAUUCUUUAAAUAAUAAAUAUCGAGUUGAUUAUGCAGUUAUUGCUCUCAAUGGGCUUAUAUAUGCCGUUGGAGGAUAUUUUGAAUAUCGCGAAGUUAAGUUCGUAGAACAGUUUGACCCUAAAACUAAUAUUUGGAAAAAUGUAGCACCAAUGUUACAUGGUAGAGUUGCCCCGGCCCUUUGUGCAUUGAAUGGUUGUAUGUAUGCUAUAGGAGGAAAUCAAUAUAUUGGUAAUCAUAGUUUGUCUCUGGUGGAAAAAUACGAUCCAUCAACUGACUCUUGGGAAGAAGUGGCCAAGUUAAACCAUGCUAGGUCCCAUGCAGGUGCUGUGGCUGUGAAUGGAAAAAUUUAUGUGUUUGGAGGUUUUCACAGCAAUUUCACAAUCGAAGUGUUUUGUCCUUACAAAAAUACAUGGUCAGUUUUGCCGUCAACAGUACUGAACUCUCUCAACAUGUAUGGUGCCUGUAAUGCGUUCAAUGUCAAACUACACCUUAAAAGUGAAAUUUUUAAGUUAAUUGAUUGA